CACAAAUAGACGUAAUGCAAAUGCGUCAUUGUGAAUGGUGCUUUUAGUGAUAAAGGUGGCUGUGGGAGACUUUCCAUUUCACAUCAGAUGUAAACUGUGUUUGUAAAAUGGAUGUUAUAACGAAUACUUCUGUUCGUUAAUUAAGAUUAACUAUUUCUCCAUUUUUUUAACUGACCUUCGUUAAUAAUAACGAAGAAAUGGAGAUAAAUAGGAAAAUAAGAAUGUUAGUUCUGAUCGAAUCCCGGUACGAGCGUCUAUAAAAUCCUGCGUAGCAUCACGACGGUUCGUUCGCAGAGUGAACAACCAUUCCGCAACAAUCGCGAUGCAUGAUCUUAUACGUUAGUGGUGAGUGUUCGUAUCGCGUGUGCGUGUUUAUCCAUGUGGCAAAUUGAGGAUGCAACAUAGAGAUUAUGUUGUUCCUCACGGCCGUAUUCAUGAAUAUGUGCGUUCAUUACAUCUGUAUAAGUUCUUUAUCCAAAAACCACUGUACUUUCGUGAUAGAAUGUGGUUUGAGUUCAUAUUACUACUUUGACACGAUGACAAGAUUACACCAUCAAAACGUGAUUCUUCUGUGAACAAAAAAACGAGUUUAUAUUUUUAUUGAUCUGAUUAAAUGAAAAUUAUUAAUUGUAAAGAAAUUAUAUCAACAAAUUCUAUAGAUCAAGGGAUUUUUAUCGAUACUAACUUUAUUCUUUAGAAAUUCACCGUAACUGGGAGUGCCGCUAGAUCGCAGUUGAACAUGCUCCGAAAGGAUUGGAGUGAAUUUUACGUUAUAUGCGAAAAAAGAUUGCUUUUUUAUUUUUCAAAAGUAAUAUGGUAUCUCGAACGAUUUCUUUAAAAUCUUAUGCAAAUCUUCUAUAAACGAUAUGUGAACAUUGGAUUAAGAAGAAGACAAACAAUGUAUCGGUGAAACUGGCAUGAAAAUGUACAGCGGUGUUAAGUGGCCUCUGUGAUGUAUUGCGAACGGUGCUUAACCUAACUUUUCAUCGACGCUUCUACACGGCGUUUUCUUGCGAUAAUGGUCAUGGACAAUCUUGUCAUUUUAUAAUCAUUUUUAUGUGAAAAAUUAAUUUGAAUGAUGUGACAAAUGUUUCUUUUUGCUUCAUAUUUCUGAAGCUUCUUAAUAAAUUUAUGAUUAUUGAUCAUAAAUUAAACUGUUAUGUUGAGCACUUAUGUAGUGUUCAUUAGUGUAUUGUGUUGUGUAUAGUGUUCAGAUUGUACAAAGUUUUACUUUUUGUGCAAAUUAUAAUUGUUAUAUUGAACUUGUGAUGGUCAUGGUGACAUCAAAUUAUAACUGUGACAAAUUGAAAAGGAAGAUAACUUAAUGAGAUGGAUAAUAGAAAGAACACAUGCUUUGGGAAUUAAUGGGUAUAUGCUUUUCCUGCAGGAGACCUACAGGCAGCAGGCUGAAUAAUAAAAUCUCAGAACAUAUCUCAGCAUCAGUAACACCCCUCCAUGUUUGUCUGGAGGAACAAAGAGGACCAGAACUGGGCUCUUGUGACGCCUCGGCUUAUAAGCCACAGGCAAAAAAGUUAUUUGAAAAGCAGAAAACAAAAGAAAGGAGUAGUAAAGAAGAAGUGGAAACUGAAAUUAUUGCAAUCAAAACAGGAGAUUUGAAAUUCAGUCAGCCAAGUAUGUCCAAUACUAUCAGUAAUAUGAAGAUGACCAACCGUAUUAAAGGAAUGGUGAGCAAACGUCGUAGGCGUUUCACAGAAGAUGGUUUUGAUCUUGAUCUCACAUAUAUAAGAGAUAAUUUAAUAGCAAUGGGAUUUCCAGCUGAAAAGCUAGAAGGAGUAUAUAGGAAUCACAUAGAUGAUGUUGUCAAACUGUUGGAAUCUAGACAUAAAGAUCACUAUAAGAUUUAUAAUCUAUGUUCAGAAAGAUCUUAUGAUUUUAAAAAAUUUAAACAAAGAGUAGCUACAUACGCCUUUGAUGAUCAUAAUCCACCAAUGUUGGAUCAAAUUAGACCAUUUUGUGAAGAUGUACAUGAAUGGCUUUCUCGACAUCAAGAAAAUGUAGCUGUAGUUCAUUGUAAAGCGGGUAAAGGUCGAACAGGUGUAAUGGUGUGUUGUUACCUUCUUCAUAUUAAACAAUUUCCCACUGCCACAGAAGCCCUUAAUUACUAUGGAACUAAAAGAACGCACGAUAGAAAGGGUGUAACAAUACCUUCACAGAGGAGGUAUGUGGAUUAUUAUGCUACUCUUGUACAAGAAGGAUUAAAUUAUCAACCUGUUACAUUGUUGUUACGGAAAAUACAAUUGGAUCCAGCACCCAUUUUCCAUGGAGGUCAAGGAUGUAAGAAAAAUAAAAUAUUCAAAAUAUAUUCAAAAAAUGAAAUGCAAUAUAUGUUUAUAUAUAAUUUUUAUAUUUUAGACUUACAUUGUGUAAUAUCUGAAUCUAAAAAAAAGAUAUUUAGCUCUGAAAUAGUGGAAGUACGCAAAGGAAUGCAUAUGAUUAGUAUCCCUUUAAAACACAGUGUAGCAUUGACAGGAGAUAUACGAGUGGAUUUCUUUAACAGACCAAAAAUGAAACGAAAGGAAAAAUUGUUCCAUUUUUGGUUCAAUACAUUUUUUGUACGGGAUUAUUUAUCGCCAGAAUAUGAUAAUGGAGAGUUACCAGUUGAGCGUUCAACUAGGGCAUUGAGUUGCGAUGGUACAACCAUGGAAUUACCAAUGGUUAUGUCGCAUAUGAAAUCCCGGGCCGGAUCGCUGGCUAGUCUCGGACCUAUGCCACCUACUCUUGUUUUAAGUAUAGAUAAAUGGGGUUUGGAUGACGCACAUAAAGAUAAACAUCACAAAGUGUAUAGUGCUGAUUUUAAAGUUAGUUUAUUUAUGCAUCGAAUGGGUGGUACUAUAUCGCAAGCUGUAUCAGCAACGACAAAUAGAACAGGAGAGGGUAUACAAAUAGGAAUGGGAGGACAAGACACUCCGAGCGAAUCAAGUGAAGCGGACAGCAGUGAAUGCGAUACGACCGGAGAUACAACGGGUGAUGAAGAUGGGGAAUCUGGUGAGUCUUCUGCAUCUCUGGUGGUGAAUCACCAUCCUCUUACACACAGCAGUAGCCGUACACACGUUAGUAUUCACCAAAGAGCUAGUCUCAGAGAAACUGCAAAGGGUUUACUCUCACGUGGGGAUAAAAAUAGAAAUAGUCAUCGGCAAACCACAAGCAAUGUGAAACGUUCUUCAGCUCUUGUACGUUCAGCCACGUUUGACACAUAAAAAAAUUAUAUAUGUAUAUAUGUAUUAUUAUUAUAUAUGUAUAUAUAUAUGUAUAAUUUUUUUAUUUUAUGUACAUAUUGUGUGUAUAUAUAUAAAUAGCGCACACGUGCACUAUAUAUACACAUAACGCACACAUGCACGCCCUCACACAGAGUAUUUUGUACUUAAUGAGUUGAGUUCUUUGAACUGAUAUAUGAUUUUUACAACAAAUUUAUGUAAAACUAGAUCGUGCUACUAGUUUUUCUUUGUUAUGCCAGCAUGAAAAGUUUUAGUAAGUUCUUAAAUGCAUCAAUUUUAUCUAUAUUUUUUGCUAUUGAACAUUAUGAACGUAUAUAUAAAAAAAUUUUGGUUGAUCAGUUUUAAGAUAAGAGGAAUUAAAAGAUAUUUUAGGAAAAUACUUUUUUAAAUGAGAAGAAUAUGAAAUUAUGUCUUUUAAUAUUAUUCCUUUAGUAAGAUAUUGGCUGAAUAAAUUUUUAAUGUUC